AUGGUGCCGGAGGAGGAACCAACACGCGGGCUUAUGGCGGUUCUUUUGACUCCGCGGUUCCGUAGACUUGGCCGUCAGAACGAGCUUCCGGGCCCAGGGGUGAACGGGCCAAUUUCCAUGAACCGUAGAGGUGGCUUCUGCCGGAAAAGGAGGACAUGAUGCUCUGGUCGUUUUCAAGCUACUCAGCUAUGGGAUGGUAUUAUUCACUCUCCUCAGGCCCAAGUGGAAAUAAAAAGAAGGAGGCAUCGUUUACGAACAUAUGAAGACCGUUUUACUGGUUCUGAUGCUGUCGAUGUGGUCUUAAGUCGUCUUAUGCAAAAUACAUGCCUAAAUAGCAGUGACAUCUUUCGUCUUAAAGGAGUUCGUCUUUGCCGAGUUCUAAUGAAUCACAAAGUAUUUGAACCAGUAGGAAUGAAGAAGCUUUUCAAAAAAGAAAAGGAAUUGGAAUUUGAAGAUUCCAACAAUAGUCUCUACAUGUUUCUAGGCAAUAAAUCAUCUUACAAUUGUUGCAAAACAAAGGAUGCUGAGAAUGAGUUCAAUGGUGAAAUAAAACCAAAAGAAACCUUGAAACCAGAAUAUGAAAUGAUUUCAAAUCCUCUAGCACAAGAGAUUGGUGAGGAAAGAAUUGAGGAACUUAUUCAUACAAUAAAUGGAAAUCCAGCUUUAUGUCCAAAUAUCGCAGUUCAGAAACCUUUUCUCCGGCUUUCAAAAGAAGGAGUUUUCUUCUACAGAGCAAUUAUGUCAGAUAAGACAGAUGUUUGGAAAGAACAAACAUUAUUAUGUCUUAUUUAAUUGAUUCACCUUCCAUUCUUGGACAAUAUUUUGGAGCCUCCAGUUAAAACACAAAAUCUUCUAUUAAACAAAGAGGAAGAUCUUGUUACCGCUAAUACUUGCCUAGACAGAGGACUUAUUCCAAGUUUAUGUCUACUGAAUAAGAUCAAUAACUGGCUUAAUGCAGCAAUUGAAUGCUUAGAGUAUUUCCCUGACCAGUUAGUAGUUACAGUUAGUCAGCAGUUACUGCAAAACAGAAAUGAAGAGACAAGAUUGAACAGUCAGAAGAUACUCUUUGAUGUCAUAGCAAAAUACUAUGCUCAAGAGAGAGAUUGCCUAUUAACUGAUGAGUAUUUCGAUAUUCAUUCAGGAAUUAUUGAACUUUUAGAAAAUGAGAAAAGGGCAGAAGCACUUGAAGCAAUACAACUAUAUCUAAGAUUGCUGUUGCCGAACAUUAGAGAAGAAUUACGAUGGCUACUUACUUUUAUGGUGGCGUCAGAGCCCAAUGCCUACAAGUUGCAAAAACAGGUGAAAAAUUUUGCAAUAAAUAAUGAUAAUAAAACAGUGGUCCUGAAAACUCUUGCCAAAUCAGUUUUGCAGACCAAAUCAUUAUUAAAAGUGUGGGCAGAACAACUGGUCUGGUUUCUACUGGAGUACCACUCCGAGCUCUUCAAGUUACUUUUAUUGGAUGUGGUUAGUAAGAAACUUAAGAAGCUUCUACAUGGAGAAGAUGCACAUGCCCUAUCAAUUGGGGAGGAAGUUAAUAUACUUCCAGUGGAAGACCUGAGAGGGUACCUGAAGAGACACCAGGAAAAUACUGGAAACAUGCCACCAAGCCCUCUUCGAUACAAGAGUCUCCUUAUUCGGAAAGUUGCCAUUUUAAUGUUCAGUGUGAAUCAGGUAAAAUACUAUCGCAUGAGUAUUCUAGAUUAG